AAAAUACCCUAGUCAAGCUAAUUACUUCAACAUCUUUUCUUCCUCUAUUUUCUACUUUUCUCUUUCUAUUUUAAGAAUGCUUUUUGCUUGUAAAAAUCUCUCUUCACUUUUGUGAGCUCCCAUUCUUCUAUCUUUACAGAUCUCUUGUAUUUUCCAUUCUUUUAGCUCCCGUCAGCUUCUUGGAAUUUCAGGUUGAAAAUGGUGAGGCAAAAAAUCCAGAUCAAGAAGAUAGACAACUUGACAGCAAGGCAAGUGACUUUCUCAAAGAGAAGAAGAGGGCUUUUCAAGAAAGCUCAGGAGCUUUCAACUCUUUGUGAUGCUGAUAUUGGACUCAUUGUUUUCUCUGCUACUGGGAAACUUUUUGAGUAUUCAAGCUCCAGUAUGGUGCAACUGAUUGAGAAGCACAAGAUGCAGUCAGAAAGGGAAAAUAUGGAUAGUCCAGACCAACUCCAAUAUUCUAACCUUCAUAGCGAGAAGAAAACAUGUACAAUGCUUAGCAGGGAAUUUGUGGAGAAGAAUCGGGAGUUGAGGACACUUAAUGGAGAAGAGCUGCAAGCACUUGGCCUGGAGGAACUAAUGAAAUUGGAGAAGAUAGUCGAGGGAGGAAUAAGUCGUGUACUGAAGAUUAAGGGUGACAAGUUUAUGAGAGAGAUCAGUUCCCUCAAGAAAAAGGAAGCUCAACUGCAGGAACAGAAUUCACAGUUGAAACAACAAUCAGAACAGGCAAGAGUAUUGAAUGAAUUUGAGGGCCAAAAUGCAACUGAGCAAGGACAAUCGGCAGAUUCCAUCACCAACAAUCGCAGCUUAGUCAAUAGUCAACAGGACUACAACGACUCAGAUACUAGCCUCAAGUUAGGCUUGGCUUUUCCUUAAUGAGCUUGAUUUGAGAGCGAAGGAUAUAUAUUUACUAAGGAGGAUAGUGUAGGGAUUCAAAGGGAAAAUGGUAGUGUGCUAGAAACAGGGAAAUUGAAAGUAGGACCUGGUCCCUUAGAGGAAAUCUGAGAACCUGGUUCCUCUAAGAAAAAGCAAAAGGUUAAGAAUUUGGAUUUGGAAAGGUAGAAAAACUUGAGGGAUCAAAAGGUGUUACUGGGCAGAGUGUUUGACUAUUGAAUUGUUGACAAGCAUGGAAUGAAAGAGUCGUAGGAGAUAGUCGAGUUUCAAAAAUGGGAUCACCUGUUUAUCUCUCCUGCCCCCAGUGUUUUUGAAAAGAAAGUGACAUAGUUCUAUGCCAACUUAAUGUACAUUGAUAACUCCACCUUAGUCUUGUCAGUAAAUGGGGUAGAGUUUGAGAUGGAUGAGAAAAGAUUGGCAAAAUUUGGUGUCCCCACCGAAGUACUGAAAACUAUUGAAAAGAAGGUAACAAAAGACUUCAAGGGUCUGAUUGUCAAAAGAAGGUGACUGCGAUUGGUGAAAGGCUCUAUAAGAAGCAGUUUAAGCCUGAGUAGCAACUCUUGUUUGAGCCUGUCAACAAAGUGCUGCUUCCAAGGGCUGAAAGAAGAUGUAUUGCUUUGUCGCCGAUCUGGUCCUUCUUGCAUCUCUAGCAGGUUUCAUUCCAUUAGUCUGGCCUCUCUUUCAUGAUUGAGCACAUGAUCAAGGUUGUUAAUGCCAGGGAAGGGAAGCAUGGUCUUUCAUUUUUUUUCCUUUUACCAGGAUCUUUGCCACUUUAAAGUCAAGACUGGAAGGCUACCUUAGCACUCGAAAGUAGAUGUUUACCAUGGGUACCUUAGAAGAAUGUGAGUGUCUGCCAAAGAAGGGUGGUAUUGGCAGUAAUUCCACCAUUUCAAGCCUGAUUAAAGCUCAAGAACAGGCCACUGUAUAAAUUGCAAGGCUCUAAGCUCAUAAUGCCAUCCUGAGAGAGCAUAAUUGGUUGCAAAGGCACAGGAACCUGGUCCCAGUAGUGAAUUGGUAGAUGCUAAUGUUGCAUUAAGGGAUGAAAAUGUCGAGUUAAGGACAAAGCGCUAUGUGCUCCGCGACCAAAUGGUCCAGAAUCAAAGGGCUUCCAGUUAGAUAUUCAAUAUGCCUCUCAAGAUAUUCGUGCCUUAGUUCCUUCGCAGUUUGUCCUCUAUCUCAUUGUCCUUUUAGCAUAUUUUUCUCCUUUAUAAAAUUCCUGUUUUGUCUCUCUCCUCUUUGAUGACAUUGGUAUUUUUGACAUUUUAAUUAUCAUAACUUGUGUUGUUUUGACUGCUAAUUACUGAUAUGAUUAAUGGUUACUCUGUUUAAUGGGCAACUACUCUGUUUUGUGCAAUGUUUACUUUGUUCCUAUGCUUUGAUGUUCCUGAUUUUGCUCAUGUUGUGUUGCCUCAGUGGCCCUGAGUUAAUGUCACUGGACUUCUUUUGCGUUUAUCUCUUUUAUUACUCUUUUCGAUGAUGCCAAAAGGGGGAAGUAUCUGAAAAGGAAACUAGUUGCAAACAUGUUGUGUAAGCCUAAUUUGUGUGUUUGAGAAGGGAACAAGUAGGGAACUUGGUCCUCAGGGGAAACUUCAGCUAUGAGUUUGUCAUCAUAAAAAAAGGGGGAAAUAAUUGAUAAGAUAUGCUAUUUGGUGUUUCGAUGAUUUGACAAACACUUAAGGGACCAGGUACUCGAGCAGGUUCCCUGAGUGCAGCAUAACAACAUAACUGCAGUUUGCUAGAGGCCAAACUUGUAGCCAAAGUCCACUAUCUAAAGAUGAAAAUGUUAACAUAUUGUUGAGGUCCUAAUCCGUAGGGGGAAUCUGGUCCUCCGGGUUCAGAUAAGAAAAUAUGGAUGUGUCUUGUUGCUUAUCAUGAUAAUGAGAUCUAAUCUGCAAAGGACACCUGGUUCUCAGAGGGAAUAUUAAUUACGAUUUUGUCAUCAUCAAAAAGGGGGAAAUUGAUUAGUUAAGAUACUUCAUAGUAUUGAUGAUUUGACAAAUACACUAUGGACCAGGUCCCCUGGGCACUAUACGGUACAUGACAACUGUAAAGCUGUGUGCACUGUUCCAACAGGCAGAACCACAGCAACACAGCUGCAUGUCAGUAAAAAGACAAGGACCAUUGUAAUGUCCCUAUCCAUGGUCACAUGCUACUCACAUGCUUUCUACUUAGCCUUAUAUAUAUACAACAUGUUGGCAUUGUUUAACCUAACACUUGCAAUUCCAAAAGGAUAUAUUUCUCUCAGGUGUGGCGGCUACCUUCCACAAGGUGCCCACAAAAACAAGAUCUCAACAAUCCAAGGGACCAGUUCCUGCCAGUGAAGACAUCUGAAGUCCUAGGAUAGUUAGAGUCUUGUUUCAUUCUCUUAAUUUGUAAUCCUACAUUGCUUGUCAAGAAGCAUCAUAGUAGGACCGAGUUCAAACUUUGUAACUUUGUUUUCUUAGCUAGAGUUAGCUGAGUAUCAGUUGGGUCGUUGGCUAGAGGUAGUCAAGACUUGGAGCUUUGCAAUAGAGUUAUUGUAAAGGUGCUUAUAAUAGGGGUAUUGUAAGGGUUGGGGAUUAAGAGUUUAAUUUCUAGGUUGUAAUUUGAAGUUGCUCAGUUUAGUGAAGUUGGAAAUCUUA